CUCAAUGCAGCGACCUCUCCUCCUCCUGCGUUGAGUCUAGCUCUCCAAGCCCCUUGUUCCUCAGCUGGGGAGACUGAAGUGGAGGGAUGAGCUGCUCAAAGGAUAACUCAUCUCCCAAUGUUCGAAGCUGCCUCAAGAGGAGGGUGGGGGAACAGGUCAACUGCGGCUGAUGGGAGCUCUUGGUAGUGACAGAGAUGGAGCCUGGACCUGGAGGCCCUUCAGAGCUGCCCCACUGGCCGCGGCCUAGGCGGCAGCCUGCCCUGUGGCCAACCCUGGCCGCUCUGGCCCUGCUGAGCAGCGUCGCCGAGGCUUCCCUGGGCCCCGCGCCCCGCAGCCCGGCUACCCGCGAAGGCCCCGCGCCCGCCGCGGCGCCCCCCACCGACCGCUCCGACGAGCUGGUGCGGUUCCGCUUCUGCAGCGGCUCCUGCCGCCGCGCGCGCUCCCCGCACGACCUCAGCCUGGCCAGCCUGCUGGGCGCCGGGGCCCUCCGGCCGCCCCCGGGCUCCCGGCCCGUCAGCCAGCCCUGCUGCCGACCCACGCGCUACGAGGCAGUCUCCUUCAUGGACGUCAACAGCACCUGGAGGACCGUGGAGCGCCUCUCAGCCACUGCCUGCGGCUGCCUGGGCUGAGGGCUCUUCCCAGGGGUUUGCAGACUGCACCCUUACCCCUGGAUCUUCCUGCCUGGGCCCUCCCGCAGGGUCCCGCCAGCCAGGGGCCUGAGCCA